AUGCCUGUCUACCGCUAUCAUUUGAAGUUUGAGCUCUACCCCUCGCCAGAUCCGACGCAUAGCGCGCCCGCCGCAGCAUUCCACCCCGAUAUCUGGUUACCUACCAAGGACUCGUCCAUAUUUGACGAGCUCCCCGCCCACCCUCGUACCUGGCAGCUCAAAUCUUUGUCUUCAAGGCCAUCGUCCAGGAGGAAACAGAAUCGAGAUAUCAUCCAAGGAGAAGGGCAAAUCGAAGAGCAAGAGAAGAAGGGCCAUUCGGAGAAAAUUCCUCGAGCCUUGCCAGAAUCGCAUUUGGGACUUCUCAACGACAGCUCAGACCCCGAGGCGGAGGAAGGGACGGAAACCGGCGGAGUUAUCGAUUGCGGGGCAUCCAGACCAGAUUGCCAGAACCCCGAAGACAACAGGAACAUCGUCAGGCUUUCAGGCAAGCAAUCGCGCGCGACUUCUCCUCCGCCAAGAUUCACGUCUGGGCUAGGGCCACGGACGGCAGCUAAGGACUGGCGCUUUGGAAGGAUCAGCAUCGAGAGCCUUGAUCUGCCACGGGACGGGCAUCUGCAGCGACACGCACAAACCGCGGCGGAGGACAAUACUCAGAAGAAAGGCAAAGGGAAAGACACCCACAGCGCCACUGCUGGAACUGGAAAACCGGUAGCAGCCAAGAACAACAAGUCAGCAAUGGCUGAGUCACUGAAGGAUCAAGGACAGCAAUCUCAACAAGAGAAAAAUGGCAACCAAGAACGUGCGUCCCACGGUACGCCAGCGGCUUCUCUAGGCCCGAACCUCGGUGGCAUGGGCCAGGCCACCAAGGGACGAUACAUACCCCUCGAAACCAAAAACACGGAGGUUGGGUGGGGCAUCGUCCAUCUGUACCGCGAGGCCGAUGAGAGCAGUGCUCUUCGCGCCGGGGUGGGUGCAGGCAGCGCCAGCGGUAGCAACGGAACUGCUAGCAGCGGUGACGACGGCACUAUUCUUUGCAUCACUGCCGUUCCCAUGUACAUGAGUCCGAGUGACUUCCUGGGCUUCAUAGGAGAAAAGUGGCGCGAUGACGUGAGCCACUACAGGAUGAUCAUGACGAGCAAGCUGAAUCGGUACAUGGUUUUGAUGAAGUUUAGGGAUCCGCAAAGGGCGAGGGAUUUUAGGGUUCAGUUUAAUGGGAGGCCAUUUGACAGUAUCGAGACCGAGUUUUGCCAUGUCGCCUACAUCCAAUCCAUCACCGUGGAAUCACCUGGCGGCCAGAAAGGUUACAGCACGAUCACGAGCAACGCGGGCGGAAAUGGCAACCCAGUCGACACCCUUCCCUCACCCAGCAACACCCUCAACCUGCGACCCUUCCCUCCCCCUACCCCCAACCUGAUCGAGCUACCAACCUGCACUGUCUGUCUUGAGCGUAUGGACGAUACAGCCGGUCUCAUGACCAUCCUCUGCCAACACGUCUUUCACUGCACUUGUCUCCAAACCUGGAAAGGCUUCGGCUGCCCUAUCUGCCGCGCAACCAAUCCCAAGCCUACUGCAGAGGAAAGCAACCAGGAAAACCCGUACUCGCGACCCUUCGGCUCGGGACCUGUAUCUAACCUCUGCAGCGUCUGCGACGAACCUUCGGACCUCUGGAUCUGCCUGAUCUGCGGCAACGUUGGGUGCGGCCGGUACAAGGGCGGUCACGCCAAGCAGCACUGGAAGGAAACUGCCCACAGCUUCAGCCUGGAAAUGGAAACACAGCACGUCUGGGACUAUGCGGGCGACAUGUGGGUGCACCGCAUGAUCCGCGAAAAGGGCCAGGGCAAAGUGGUCGAGUUCCCUAGUCAUCAUAUCCACAACAGCAACACAUCUUCAGAGCGCAACAACACCGCGCGUGCCCCUGCCCCGGCAUGGAGCUCCCAAGAAGAGACCAUGGCGGCGGUUACGGGUGCGCCUCUACCCCAUCCCCCGGUACCCGAAGACCAAGAAGUGGUCCCCCGCGCCAAGCUGGACAGCAUCGGGCUCGAAUACACGCAUCUCCUCACCUCACAGCUGGAAUCACAACGCAUCUACUUUGAGGAAAUGGUCGCCAAGGCAGCGGACAAAGCCUCCAAAGCAUGUGCAGCCGCAGACGCCGCCUCGGCCGCCUCUACCCGUGCCAUCCAAGAGUUGACCGAUUUCAAAGAGGAGCAUUUCCGACUCAAAGAAGAAGUCGCCUCUCUAGAGCGGGACCUCACGCGCGAGCGGAAGCGAGCCGACAAAAGCACGGAGCUGGCGAGGAACUUGUCGAAACAACUCCAAGAGGAGAAAAGAGUAGGGGAGGGUUUGAUGAAGCGGAUCAAGCAUAUGGAGAAGGAGGCCGAAAAGACGCAGGAGGAGUUGAAGAUGUUGAGGCAGCAAAAUGAGGAGCUGAAGGAAUCCAAUCAUGAUCUAUCCAUGUUUAUUAGUGCUCAGGAUAAACUCAAGAGUAUGGAGCAGGAGGGACAAGUGACGGCUGAGGAGUUGGAGGAAGGGGGGACGGUGCUGAUUCCUGCUGGGGAGGGGUCGAGUGCGAAUGGAGGACAGGGGGGUGGGAAGAAGAAGGGGAAGGGGAAGAAGUAGGUUUUCGUUCCUGAGAAGUGACUUUGGUGAUGUAUGCUUCUGUAUUGCUCCCUGUAGCUCGGAAGGGGGUGUUGGGAAGCACGGAUUCAGGUAGAAAGGAUAAAGGGGUAAAGGGGUAAAGGUUAUUUGACCUUUAGCGAAAGUGGUUUGCGACAUGAUUGCAUGUACCGAUUAGCGACAGAAUUAGGAAAUGGCUUGGGAAGGAGUAUGAAGGCUGCCCGUUGCCUCUAGCGGCAUAGUUUGCAACACGGUACAUACGAUUGGUAGUAGCAGCACUUCGACACUCUGAUCUCUGUGUCUUCACCAGAUAGAGUGGGUUGGGAGGCGCUGGUCCUCCACGUUGUACACGUUGUAUUUGAUAGUAUGAUAGGAAAUCGUUUCUGCUUGUUUAUUAU